AUGCCUCCAGGUGUCGGGGUUGAUGAUAUGUUCAUAAUGAUUUCUGCCUGGCAGAAGACCAGCCUCAUGGAUAACAUAAAACAGCGUCUGUCCAGUGUCUAUUCCAAAGUGGCAGUGUCGAUUACAAUUACCACCAUCACCAACGUCCUGGCCUUCUAUACAGGGAUUAUGACCUCUUUCAGGUCCGUACAGUACUUUUGCAUCUAUACAGGAACAACCCUGCUCUUUUGUUAUUUCUAUAACAUCACCUGUUUUGGGGCCUUUCUGGACCUGGAUGGUGAAAGAGAAAGAGUCUGUCUACGCUGGUUGAAAAAGCCAGAAACUCCUGACCAAAAAUGCUCCUCAUUGAAAAGAUCCUGCUGUCUUCCAUGUGAUUCUCUCCCGGAAGAAGAAGAAACGGAUGUCCAUCCCAUGAAUGUGUUCUUUCGGGACUAUUUUGGCCCUUUUCUGACAAGAACUGAGUCCAAAUUUUUUGUAGUGCUUUUAUACAUUUUGUGCAACAUAAGUAGCAUCUAUGGGUGUUUCCAAGUGCAGGAAGGUUUAGACCUUCGAAAUUUGGCAAGUGACGAUUCCUACAUCACACCAUAUUUUAAUGUAGAAGAAGAAUAUUUUUCAGAUUAUGGUCCCAGAGUUAUGGUUAUUGUUACAGAAACUCUUAACUACUGGGAUGAAGGUGUUAGGCCAAAACUGGAAAUAUGUCUGUCAGAUUUGGAAAACAGUGACCAUGUAGAUAAAAGUCUUACAGAGUUUUGGUUACGAGAGUAUGUGCAAUAUACGGAAAAGAGCCAGCAAGAUGUAAAUGAUAAGGAUACUUUUAUGAAUAAUUUGCCCAAUUUUUUAACACAUUUUCCACUUUUUAUGUAUGAUAUUAACAUUUCAUCAUCACAUGAAAUCAUUUCUUCCCGGGGCUUCAUUCAGACCGUGGGUGUUUCUUCUUCAAUCAAUAAGAAGACGAUGUUAUCCCAGUUACGAAGCAAAGCUGAAAAGUGCGAAAUUCCCCUAAUGGUGUAUAACCAGGCAUUCAUAUAUUUUGAUCAGUAUACUGCAAUAUUAGAAAAUACUGUUCGAAAUGUCAUUGUUGCAUCAACCGCUAUGUUCAUUGUUGCCUUAUUGUUAAUUCUUCACCCACUGUGUUCCUUGUGGGUGACUUUUGCUAUUGCUUCUGUGAUUGUGGGAGUAACGGGUUUCAUGGCAUUCUGGAAUGUCAAUCUUGAUUCCAUAUCCAUGAUUAAUCUUAUCAUUUGUAUAGGGUUUUCUUUCGAUUUUUCUGCACACAUUUCUUAUGCAUUUGUUUCCAGUUCUAAGCCCUCGGUAAACCAAAAAUCAAUUGAGGCAUUGUAUCUGCUAGGCUAUCCAGUGUUACAAAGUGCACUUUCAACAGUAAUAGGGGUGUGUGUUUUAUCUGCAGCUAAAGCAUACAUCUUCAGGACAUUUUUUAAGAUUAUGUUUCUUGUUAUGGUAUUUGGGGCUGCUCACGGCCUAAUUUUUAUUCCAGUAUUCUUAACCUUUUUUUGAAGGUUUGUUUGAAUAUCUGCUAACAAAUCAAAGACCAAUUUUAGAAUUCCUCAUUGCCAGAAUCCAAUCUGAUAAAAACGCACUAUCAGAAAUAGUCAAUAAACUUAAAGGCAUGUUUCCUUGGCUUGGAAAUCCUGUUUAAAGAUGUUAUUUUAAAUAUCCUGAGAAAAAUUAAUUAGUCUUACAUUAAAAUAUCUUUACUAAAUUAGGAAGUGUUGUC